AAAAAUCAAAGGCUUAUUAAAAAAAUAUUUUCACUAAAAGUUUUUAUUCUUUAAAAAUAUUAUAAAAAUCCAUAACAUCCACUGAUCUGUUUAUAAAGCCUCCUUUGACUCAACCAUCAACCAAACAGAAAUAGUUCCAUGUUAAAAAUUCUCAUGUUGAAAUUUAAUUUGGUAUAAAACUGAAAAUUCCUCGACUUCCAGUUGUUGAAAAAUAAAAAAAUCAGCAGUCAUGUCCGGGCGGCGAUGUGUAAUCUGUGGCGAAGAGCCGCCGGCGAAAGACGCAAAGGGCAACGAGGCGUAUGCAUAUCCCAAGACGGCGGAGGAGGCCAGGAUCUGGCAGGCCAGUAUGGCGGCCAAGAACUGCUGCCUGGAGAGCAUCCAAAACCAGUGUUGCGUCUGUGUGGUGCACAUUCCCGACUUUGUGAAGCGGGCCAAGAAGAUUGGUCGGCGGUUGAGGACACUGGAGCGGGAAAAGGAGAAGCGACUGGAUGAAAGGGCGGCGGCAGAGGAGGCCAUGGGCUGCCAGUGUCCAGAUGGUGGUCAGCCCGGUCCCGAACGCCCAUCCGUUAAUGUCCUGCUUCUUAAUGGCGCUUCACUGCCCACGUAUUGCGGCAAGGGUCAGUCCUGCGUGGAUUUGCGACCACUUCCAGCGGCAGAGGGCGAUUCGGGAGCAAAGUUAACCAAAUGGUUAAAUCCCAAGGACUCGGACACGGAGAUAUUUGUGCAGGAGUCGGAAUUCAAGGACACCGGCGGGACCUUUCCGGACAUCGAUGGCACCGAGGUCACCAUGUUGCGCGCUCCCAUGCAGGAGGAAGAGGAGCUCGAGCAGCUGCAGCAGGAGCAGCAGGAGCAGCAGGAGGCGGACCAGGAGCAGGACCCGAGUGUCAGGAGGCGCCGCAAUAGCUGCCUGCCCGGCUGCACGGACGUCCUUCUCCUGGGCCGCGGUCACCAUCCCACGGACGAGUGUCCUUGCCGGUGUGAGCAGUGCACAAGGCCCUCUGGCCUUCCAGAAGACGAACCCUGUUGCCAGCCGGAAUGCUGUGCGGGACCGGAGCCGAUCUACCACACCCAACCGCCCUGCGGCUGCGAGUGUGAGCAGCAGGUGCGGCGGGAGCUCACGAAGGUCAUCAAGACGCAGGGUCGCAGGAUUUACGAGCUGGAGGAGAUGCUCUGCCGGCAGAAUAAUCUGCGCAACUGUCUGCAGAGGAAGCUGGAUGAGUUGUACUGUGAAUUUGGUCGCCUGGAUGAGGACGAGGCCAGUCGAUCGCGACUUACCUGUCGGGGAAGCGAACGUGGCGGUCCCGAUUGUGUGGCUGUUUUGAAUCCAGCUAAACCGCCACCACCAUCACCACCGGAACCAAGAAGCGAUCCUCCCUCUAAACGAUCGCUAAUCAGCCGUCGAUUGGCCGUCAUGAAGGCCAAUCAAGUGGAGGAGGAGCAUGCAACGGAGGAGCAGAGACCUUCGUUGCCAAUGGCAGGUGAACGGGUGCACUGUUUUGCGGAGAAAAGGGCCCAUUCCGAGCAGGUCACCCAUCGACCUCGCUGGGUCCAAGUGGCGGAUAAAGGCGAAACAGAAUCGGAUAGCAAGAUUGCUAUUCGAUUCGGAAACAACAGCACCUACCUAGUCCCCAGUGAGAACGAAUCCUUCUACACUUUGGGUCCCAGGUCCCAAAACUCCCAUUCCAACUCCACCUAUUCCGUGUCCAACAGAUCCCGUACUUGAUGAGCCCGUCUGCCACCCACAAACCCCCCUUUGCAUCUCCCUGUCCUGUGCAAUCAUGCAAAUAAAAAAAUAUAUUCUUUUU